AAAUGCUAAAUUUGCCCGAUCACAGUCGGUCAUACAGGCACUUUCUAUCGUGUUGAUCCUUCUGUUGGAUGCGUACGACUCUCUAACAUUUUCUUCGUCUUCUCGUUUCCAGGUAAUCAUUCGAAAUGGUCAACGGACGUAUUCCGUCUGUAUACAGUAAAACGUAUGUGACGCCCCGUCGUCCGUAUGAAAAGGCUCGUUUGGACCAAGAGUUGAAGAUCAUCGGCGAAUAUGGUCUUAGGAACAAACGUGAAGUUUGGCGUGUUAAAUACACUUUGGCUAAGAUCCGUAAAGCAGCUCGUGAGCUGUUGACUCUUGAAGAAAAAGAUCAGAAAAGGCUUUUUGAAGGUAAUGCCUUGUUGCGUAGAUUGGUUCGUAUUGGAGUGUUGGAUGAAAGUCGAAUGAAGCUUGAUUAUGUUUUGGGUUUAAAAAUUGAAGAUUUCUUAGAGCGCCGAUUGCAAACUCAGGUUUUCAAAUUGGGAUUAGCUAAAUCGAUCCAUCAUGCUCGAGUUUUGAUUCGUCAAAGACAUAUUCGUGUACGUAAACAAGUAGUGAAUGUACCAUCAUUCAUUGUUCGCCUGGACUCUCAGAAACACAUAGACUUCUCUUUGAAAUCACCGUUUGGUGGUGGUCGUCCUGGACGUGUAAAGAGGAAGAACUUGAGGAAAGCCAAGACUGCCAAAGAAGACGGCAAAGAAGAAGAAGAAGAAGAUUAAGCAAUUAAUCGUUUUCGUAUCUUGUGUAUAUUUUUUUUAAAUAUACAUACAUUUUAAU